AUGAUCUGGUAUCUGCUCUAUCCACUGCGAGGAACAACAGAGGCGCCAGUCCUCUCAGCGUCUCACCCGCUUCGAAGAGUCCUCACUCGCUAUGGCCGCUAUGCCUCCCGUUAUGCAAUCUCCACGCUGCUCAUCACUGCCGCCAUAGCGUCCUUUCUGAUCUAUCCGCUGCCCUUCAUCUACACCAGCCAUGUCAUCAACGGCGCCUCAACCCUCCCUCGUCAUGUCUGGACCGCCGCUCAGCCGCUUCCGUAUGACAAUGCGGCCAGUCCCGAUAUUGUCAUGCGCUCCAUCUGGGUUCAUUCGAGCUACAUGCAAGCACUUAGUCCCGAUAUUCUUCUAUCGGCCCUUGAUUUGCAGGAUGCGCUUUUAGGCGACACCAGAGAUUUUGGUCCCAGCAGGUCCUUUGGUCUGCCCCCUCCCAGUGACUCCGAAUCUCCCCUGACUCCAGCACAGCGGGAUGCCCUCCACAUCGUCAAUGGUCUGACCAACCAGUCGUGGAUACUUCAAUCGCCGUUGCUGUACUGGAACUGCUCCCGUGAUCGCAUCCUGGCCGACGAGGAUAUCUUGGCCACAGUCAAUGACAAGAAGAACCACACCACUCCCGCAAAUAUCACUCUACGGCAUUCCAUUGUUUUCAGUGGGAAGCGUUUUGAGGACCGCCGCUUGUUGGCCGCUGAUGCUCUCGUCAUCACUUUACUGUAUCGAACAGACUCCCCCGUUGGUCGCCAGUGGGAGGCUGUAGCACGAUCGUUACCCGUCAAGAUGGGCGAUAAAUGGGAUAUAUAUCCUCCCAGCGGCAAUGUAUCGGCCAGCCAACUCUAUGAAUUUCAAUUCAGGCCCAUGUCAGUGCAGGAUUCCAUCAUUCUUGCCCUGGCUUAUACGCUGUCCUUGGUGUACUUUCUCCAGCAAGUGUCCAAGGUUCGCGCUGUCAAGUCUAAAUUGGGUCUGAUAGCCACCGUCGUGAUGCAGAUUAUCAUGUCAAUUGCCGCAAGCUUCACAAUUUGCGGCGUCUUCAAAAUCGACCUGUCUGGCAUCCCUCGAGCCGCAUAUCCCCUCGUCAUAUUAUCCAUGAGCUUGGAGCAUAUCCUUCGCCUAAUGGACGCCGUAGUCCGCACUCCCUCCGGAGAAAAUACAAGCAGCAGGAUAGGGUCUGCUUUUGGGGAGACUGCGCCUACUGCCCUGGUUAGCACUGUCCAAAACUUUUUGAUUCUCUUCGGCUUAUCCUAUGCCGUCACCCCAAGCGUAUCCGCAUUUUGCAUAUUUGCGGCAAUUGCCAUUGUGCUCGACUUUUUCUUCCUGUCCAGCUUCUUCAUCUCCGUCCUUAGUGUUGAUGUGCGGCGAAUGGAGCUUGGAGAUGCUCUCGCCAGAGAGGCCAUGCGUCGCAAACUAAAAGCACGUCGCCCUCGGGAACACCCAUCCUGGGCGAAGCGUAUGCUUGAAGGCAAAAUUGCAUUAUCAACACGCAUUGCAGGAACAGUCGUCAUGAUUAGCUUCGUCAUCAUCGCGCAGUCUCACUUUUUCGGUGGCAGCGAUAUUUCCCAGAGGCUGGCUCACUUAUACAAUGGCCAGGAUUUGGAACCCAACAUGUCAUCGCUCAAGGCAUCCCAUCUGGAGGACAUCCAUCAAGCAAGAACUCCCACGUCUUGGCUGCGACUUCAAGAUCAUGAUGCCGCCCGUGAAAUAAUCCGCCUCAUAAAACCUUCAGCCUACAGCUACAUAGCUAGAGUCUAUGAGCCUUUAGUGUUUGUAAAAAAGGGGUCCAACCGAGUGCCGAUGAUGAAAGAGCCCGCACUACUCCCAGCGAUAUAUGACUUUGCGCAUCACCAGCUGCGUACGUUCGUCUUUAUCGACAUUGUUGUGGUUGCCUUGCUACGCCUUCUAGUAAGCUACCUGCUGCCGGAAGAUGAGACCAAGGCGGAAGAGCUGCAGGACUCGAGUGAUCAAUCCAACUUAUGUGUGAAAACCCUCUCCAGGGGACACACACUCGAUAUAGCUAUGCUCGCCUACUCACCAAGAGGCUUCGUUCUAUCAGUUGGUCUAGACCGCAUGAUUCGCCUGUGGGACCUUAAUCAUAGGAAUAAAGGCCCAAUCUCUAACCUGGAAAGGGAAAUCCUGGUGAAAUUUCCCGUACUUGCAGUUGCCAUGAGUGAAGACUCGGAUUGGCUGGCGAUUUUAUCAUCCGACACGGUCAUCUUUUGGAAUAUUACAACCCAUGUCCACGGCGCUUCCGUGGCCGUAGAGACCUACAACCAGAAGCCAGAAUCCUUCUUUCUGGAACCAACCGAAUCAUCAGAUAUUCCAAGAGCAGUCAUAGUAUGGAGGAACGGAUCUGCAUUAGAUGUAGACCCGGCCUCGAGAGAAACCCGCGAGUCCACCAUCUGUCUAGGAUUGACAUGUGCCCGCCCGCUCUUGAGCAAAGGUGAAUUUUCGAUUUGUCCUUUAAUAAUUUCUAUCUACGCAGUUGGCAAGCAUUCGAAGGUCUCCCUUGUAGCAACAUCUCGAAAUGGAGAUGUCCAUAUCAUGGAAAGAACUGGGCAAUUGUGGGAAAGGCAGAAUCUUCUCUCUAGAAGACUUGCAAGCGAUGAAAUCCACCAAGUCGUAACCCUCUCACCGCUCCCCUACUUCCUUGUAUCAUCCAAGACAGAUCUUCAUCUUAUAAGCCUGGAUGAUGGAACUACCUCGUGGAGCUUCUCCGUAGAGGAGAUGCGGCCACGCUCGCUCUCAUGCGCCUUCACCUGCCAUCGAUCACCAAAUGCCUUGCCAUUAGGGCUGGUAUCCUUCACGUUUAGCUACUUGGCGCUGGUCUCGGGCGACUGUGUUCUACACACGUUUACGCCUCAGGAUGAAGACGACGCGAUUUGUCUACAGAACAUCGACGAUACAGGUAACAGCAGCGGAUGGUGCAGUUGGGCUGAUGCAAAGGAACGAAAGAAGCACAUCAGCAACCCUGGUGUUUGGAGCCUCUUGUCCGAUGGGAUCACAUUAGGUCUUCGUCGCCGGCCCCGUACUGAGCCGAGAAGUCGACAUGGACAUCAACGCCAGGAUCUAUCGGGGGUACGGAGCCGCAUGCCGAGCACACGAAGCCGGGAAUUGGGGGCUUUCAGCCGCUGGGAAUUGUGGAGGGCGGCGGCGAGUGACUGGGACGAGUUGGACGAAACCACACCACUGUUCUCCGACGAAGAUGCAGGGCAGUUGGUUGUUUGUGAACUGGGUCCCAGCGUAAGAGUCGGGCCAACAUCAGUAGCCUUUGCUUAUGGGAACGUUAUCAAGCUGGUAACGUUGAGCGGGCACAAGCCUUUUGACGCAGGGAUCGAGGACGUCAGUCAUGAAUCGUCAAUGAAUGUGCCGACAAGGCGUCGUAAAAUGGCGCCAACAGCUAGGCCAGGAGCAGCAUUAGGCUAA